UAUAUAUAUAUAUAUAUAUAUAUAUAUAUAUAUAUAUAUAUAUAUAUAUAUAUAUAUAUAUAUAACAUCGCGAGAUACACCUAUGUUUUGUGAAUUGCCGAACAAGCCCGGCUACACCCGAAACCAUGACAUCAGCAGCCCACUUGCCCGCCAGCCGUCAGGAGCUGAAGGAGUUUGACAGCGUCAAGGAGUCCAUCAGUGACAUCAUCAACCAACUGCAGGACAUCGACCCCGCCCGCCUGUCCUUCUCGCCCUUUCUGGACCUGGACACCCAGAUCUCACUGGCGCCCAUCUCUGACAGCCCCGAGUCCUCCGUGGAGGAGCUCAACUCCCUGUCCCGCUCCUCACUGGCGUCCCGCUCCUCACUGGUGUCCCGCACCUCCCUGGAGCCACCACCAGGGGGAGAGAGAGAGGAGGGGCCCGGAACAGAGUGCACGCUGGGAAGGAGACAUUCAAUAUCAAAUCAAAAUGAGUGCUCAGAAUCAUCUGUGGUGGAAGAGGAGGGGCGUGUGGUUGUCACAGUAACAAGCGAAACAUCCUUCCUGGAUACCGUCAAGACAGAUGGCCACAGAGACAGAAUUGUCCCUCAGUCCCAGGGGGGGAUUCCAAAUGGGACAGAAGAAAAUCACCCACAGACGCUGAAUCGGUUUGAACUGGCCAAUCAGGAAGCUACGAGGGACGAGGAACAGCCAUUCCUGGGCCCGCCCCCUCACGCCGAGACCAUAGAGCUUGUUUCCCAUGGUUCCCAGGGGCAGCCUGAAGAUCGUCCCUCCCUCGUCACUCCAGAGGCCUCAGACAGGGGGCGCUGUGGGUGCUGUGGGUGUUGUCGAAGUGCCCGGCUCAGAGCGGUCUCCUCAGUCUUUGCUUCGCUGCUGCUCCUCCCCGCUGUGCUCUACGGACUGUACUUCUACCUGCCCUUUGACCCCCCGCUCUGCCCAGACCUGACCAGCCGAAUCACGUUUACCAUUCGCUGCUGCGUGGCUUCAGCGACCCCCAUCAUCCUGGGUGUGCUGACAGCCGCUGUGUCCAGACUCUGCUCCCCUGCUCUCCACCCCCUGGAGGCGUGUCCACGAGGCCCCGCCCUCCAGCAGCGAUUUGUCUCUGCCUCCAUUGAGCAGCUCCUCCUCUACGCCCUCAACCUGGUCGUUAUGGCGACUUUCCUGGAGCAGGAGCAGCUGAGGGCCGUGCCCACCCUGGCAGGCGUGUUCGGAGUUGGGAGGCUGCUGUACUGGCUCUCUCUCCAGCUCUGCAGCUCCAUGCGGGGCUUCAGCUCAGGACUCACCUUCUUCCCCCUCUUGGCGAUGGCUGCCUUCAACCUGUUCUGUCUCUUUGAGCUGGGGCUCAAUCACCUCUUCCCUGUCCCCCAGGGAGAAGCCUCCUCACACACCACACCCACACCUGGCCUUGCAAUACUCGGCGGCUGACACUAGAGGGUACUGUUGGUCUUGUUGUUGUGCUUUUGUUUUCUUGGUCUCUGUUGAAUGAUUCUCUGGCUUCCAGUGUGGAAAUGUCAAAAUAGGAAUUUAAAUGAUAUGCAGAGAAUUCCCCCAAAAAAGAAAAAACAUAUAGUCGCAAGUGUCAUAAAUUUUCGUCAUAUUGCUUAAUUAUGAUUUUUAUGGCUGAUUAAUUGUGAUGGGCUGAGAUGCAUUUAUAAUAUGUAAUGUGCUGCCUCAAUUGU